CUGUAACACUUAUAACUGGCCGCCUGUGAACAUUUAAAAAAGUUCAAAGUCAUCAACACAAGUCAAUUUGAACGCAAGAAAAGAAGGGUACACAAUUAGAUUUUACUUUCUUGUCAUGCUUGCUUAUGUUGAACUAUUCAAGAACACGCAAAUGUGGCAAAAUUCCUAGUUCUGUGUGGUAGUUGUGUCAGUUCAAAAUUGAGUGUUUUCGUCUGCCAAAACACAGAGAAGUACCAGAGACAAAAGCAGAAUGAGCGGUACAUUAACACUGCCAGCAGCCGCAAACGUUGGCGGCGGCGGCGGCGCUGUGCCUUCGGUUCCGACUGUGUCAGUGGUACAGCCGCAGUCAGUAGACGCAGGAGCUUGCAUGGAUAUUGAGGAUUCCAGAAAUAACGGCUUUUGGCUCUGGAAAUGGUUGUUUAAUUGGACAUCUAGCUCACCCACAAUGCUUCGCGCCGUUGAGAAGAAGAUUCUCUCGUACCUGAAGCUUCCCUAUCGCGGUUUCUUUGUCGAUAUUGGGCCCGCGGUAGGUGAUUCCGAUAAAAUAUGGACGAUAAGCCUAAACACAGAGUCAAAAGAGGUCCCGCUCGUGCUAUUGCACGGCCUCGGCGCUGGCAUUGCACUUUGGGUCAUGAAUCUUGAUGCUUUUGCAAAGGAGAGGCCCGUCUAUGCUAUGGAUAUACUCGGCUUUGGUCGCAGUUCCCGUCCCCUCUUCUCUAAGGAUGCUCUAAUCUGCGAGAAGCAGUUCGUGAAGUCGGUUGAAGAGUGGCGACGCGAAAUGAACAUAAACGACAUGAUCUUGCUGGGACACUCUAUGGGCGGUUUUAUCGCAUCGAGCUAUGCACUCACCUAUCCGGAGCGAGUGAAGCAUCUAAUACUAGCUGACCCCUGGGGCUUUCCUGAGAAACCGUCGGAGACCACAAACUCAAAACAGAUUCCGCUGUGGGUGCGCGCAAUUGCACGUGUGUUGACUCCGCUAAAUCCGUUAUGGGCUCUACGUGCUGCCGGUCCCUUCGGUCAGUGGGUGGUGCAAAAGACAAGACCAGAUAUCAUGCGGAAAUUCGCUAACACCAUUGAGGAGGAUAUCAAUUUAUUGCCCCAAUACAUCCAUCAAUGCAAUGCGCAAAGGCCCAGCGGUGAAUCUGCCUUCCACACAAUGAUGGAAUCCUUUGGCUGGGCCAAGCAUCCUAUGAUACAUCGCAUUAAGGAUGUGCGCGGCGACAUACCCAUCACAUUCAUUUACGGCUCCCGCUCCUGGAUCGACUCGUCAUCGGGAGAGAAAAUAAAAUCACAGCGCGGCAGUAACAUGGUGGACAUAAAAAUCGUAACUGGAGCUGGUCAUCAUGUCUACGCUGAUAAGCCGGACGUAUUUAAUCGCUAUGUGAACGACACCUGUGAUAUGUACAAAGUGGAUAGGCAGAGGCAGUUGUUGGCUCCACUGCAGCUCAUUCGCGACGCGACUGAGUCGGAUGAUGAGCAUGAAAUGCUUGUUGAAGAGCCGCCCUUAAAUGCCGCAGAGUCAGUGGAAAUACAGCCAGAGGCUGCACCGACCUCAAUGCGGGCGGAAGUACCAAACGAAGCACAGGUUACUGCGGCGGGAACAGCUGCUGAUUUGGCGGCCGAUGUCAAGCGAAAAUAAUAAUGAUGAAAACGGUAUUUUCGAUAUAAAUUAUGAAAUCAAAAAGCUAAUUUGUAUUUUUUUAGUGUUUUUGCCUAGUAUUAAAAUGGUUUUCUUAUCUAUUAUG